CCAAGAUGGAGACCGAAGUCAAUUAGCGAAAGGAAUAUCAGUGAAUUUGACCGAAUCUUGGAUUUAUUCGAGAAAAACAGGAAGUGAUACGAAUUCAACACACGUGGUUAUUCGCAAUGGAUAUAACUACAAUAAUUAAAAUGUGACAGCGUGCUCAUUGUUUUGCCUACUGUACUGAAUUUGUUUGAAAAUUGGAAUGAUAAGUAACCUGUGUUUUGGUGCUUUGUAUUGUAUCUUCGGGUGCAGAUGAGUCGUGUUUUAUAAAUGUCGAACUUAGACUAAGAUAAUCAUGUAACACAUAUCUUAUUUGCCUAGAAUAAUGAUGAGACUAUUUAUAUGUAUGGAAAUGUGCACGUAAACAUUAAAAAUGUAGGAAUAUACAUCAAAGACAAUGAAAUUAUGAGUAAUGUAAUUUUCUUUUUACAUGCAUUACAUUUUCUUAAAUGACAGGUAUGAUUAGAUGACAAAAAUGAGACUAUUGCAGAUCUGUGUAUCGUACACAUUUCUGUCAGUCUUCUUCUUCCAACUUCAAAAAUAUGAAGCAAAUGCGUGCUCCCUUGGUUGCACGUGCACAACCAUCCCUGCACGUGAUGGGGAUGCGGUUGAUGAAGAUGAUGAGGGUGGGGAUGUGACAGGAGAUAAUGUGGGUGAUGAGGGUGAGCUUACCUUGCCCCAGGCACCAAGAGGACGAAAAGUAUCCUGCUCAAACAAUCCCUACCCAUUUACAUCCAUAGAAGAAGUUCGAACGGCAAUUACAAUACCUUUGGAUACCAUUUACUUGGACCUGAGCAAGAAUGAGAUCGCCAUAGUGAGAAAAGGCAGCUUCAGUUCCCUGUCAUACCUUCAAAGACUAGACCUGAGCGAAAACAAGAUCAGCCUGAUAGAGCCAGGAGCCUUCCAGGGCCUGACACAGCUCACCAGACUGGACCUGUCCCACAAUAAGCUGGGGAGUGUGAACGGGAGUAUCUUCCAGGGCCUCACAAGUCUGCAGAAACUAGUUCUCUCCAACAACAAGUUGAAUACAGUGCCAGAUGGGACUUUCAAUGACUUGCCUGCCCUCAGAAGAAUAGAUGUUCAGUCCGAGUACCUCCGCUGUGACUGCCAUCUUGCCUGGAUCGUUAAAUGGAGCAAGGAUCGGAAAGUGAAGAUUCGCUCCAGCACAACAUGCGCUGUACCAAGGGAACUGAAUGGUGUCGCUUUGAAAAAGUUGAAGAAGAAGGACCUGCAUUGUGAUCGCCCACUUGAAUUGUCCCUGUUCGAGAUCAUGCCAGGAAUUGACCAGAUUGUCUUUGAAGGUGAUAAAAUCCCGUUUGAUUGCCAAGCCUCCAUUGUCGACCCCAAAACUGAGAUGUUCUGGCUUCGUGAUGGCGCGGUGGUUCAGACAAACAGGUCUCGGGGAGUGUUCAUCCACACUCGUAAGUCGCCCGAUAAUUCCGUCAUGAUGCACUCAAUGGUUUUGGAGAAUCUCAAGAGUCCAAACAGUGGGGAGUGGAUUUGUCUGGUCUCUACACCUCAGGGUAAUGUAACAAAAACAGUCACACUGGUUGUAAUAGACAGCGACGCCCCACAGUGUGAAAUGAACACUACUAAGACCAACAAGGGGGUGUACGUGUGGAAGGAAUCGGUUGCCGGGAUAACGAAAGAGUUGCCAUGUAAACUGGGAGAGGGCAAGGUCACUCAUAUGUGUGAUAAGAAUGGUCGCUGGACGAGCCUGAACCUGUCACAGUGUGAUUUCACAAAUGAGCUGACAAGAAAACUACAAACAUUGGCAAAGGACACCAACUCCUCGAAGAUCCUGAGUGAUGCCCGUAACUUGGAGCGCCUGGUAUCAGCCCCUUUCAGAAAUGCAGAGGACCCUUUGUCUACAAUCAACCCAGAGUAUGUGGAUCUUGCCUCGUUGGCCAUUCACCGACUCAGUCAGCAUGCAGCCAUAGGGGAUGAGAUUGUGAAGUCAGUGCUGCUCAGUGCCAGUCGGAUCAUGAACAUCAGCGAGGAUAUUCUGACUGAGGCUCAAAGACAGCGCCACUCUCUUAGCAGGAUUUCCAAAGCAGUAGAAAGCAUCCCUCAGCAAAUGGCUGAUAAGCCUAAGUAUAGCCAAUCCACUGGGUUAAUUGUCAUGGAAACCAGGUCGUUUCAACGGCAACAGUUUACAGGCAUUCAGUGUUCAAGACUGGACCUAAAACUCGACACAACGGUGCAUAAGAUGGUUCAAAGUCCGACAGGAUUUGUGUUCGUCUGCGCUGAGCUGGCUGAUAGUGCUGAUCGCUACUCGUUUAUUAGACUGGAUCCCUUGACGUCCAUCCUUGUGCAGAAGUCGGUGAUACAUCCACCAGUUGUCUCCCCUAGUGAAGAGGACGGCAAUGUUACCGUGACAACCACACAAGCCCCGACAAACAGUCAGCUAACAUUUCAAUUCAUCUGGUACGGAAAUGCAAACCUGUUUCCAAUAACGGCACGAAGCCACGAUGAUCCAAUAUUGAGGGGAAAAUCGUGGAAAGUCAUCUCCGCAGUGUUGUCUGUUUCACUGUCUGAGCCAGUGGUGAAUUUGACUGACCCCAUAGAGCUGGUGUUUGAGGUCCAGGUCACUGACAAACCUCUUGUAGCUGCCUAUUGGGACUACUCUGCCAAUGGCGGUAGUGGUGACUGGCGUACCGAUGGCUGUGACAUCAUAGAGAAGACUCCAGCCCUUGUUACCGUCCAUUGUGACCAUCUCACCGCUUUUGCCAUACUGGAGGACGAGAGUCUGGUGGCUGCCAGCAUGUUCCAGAUGAUGGCGAUCGCGGUGUACAUCGGCAGCUGUGUGUGCCUCCUCUGUCUUAUGGCAGUCUUCAUCACCUACGUCUCGUGCUUCAGGUUUUUAAGUGUGCCUCGUAAGAUGAAGCACUCGGUGAUUAACAUCUGCCUGUCCCUGUUAUUGCUGAUCAUUGGUUUCACAAUGGGGGUACAGCGGACGGACCAUUUGAGGGCAUGCCAAGUUGUCGGCAUUGUUCUUCAUUAUCUCUCCCUGGUGGUGCUGUUCUGGUUUACUGUUACUGCAAGCAACAUGCUGAAGAAGUUUCGUAAGACAGAGAAACCACCCCCACCACCUAUAGACCUCCCGAUGCCCCUACCCCCAAAACCAAUUAUCCGGUUCUAUCUUCUGGCCUGGGGCGUGCCAACUAUCAUCUGUGGGAUCACCGCAGCCAUCAGCUUUGAUUUCUACACAGAACCAGAGUACUGUUUCCUUGACUGGCAGCCAAGUCUGGGAGCGUUCUUUGGGCCGGUUGUGUUCUUACUUCUCUUGAACGUGAUUUUCUAUCUGCGUAUAGCGUGCAUCAUACGCAGCUCCACAGGCCCGCUCGUGAAUAUGGAGGAGACCCAGGAACUACAGAGCAAUGAUAUAGAAAUGACUCAUAACCAUGAUAGGAUCGAGACGGCCUCGUUGAGGUCCGAUAUGAGUACUAAAUCGUCUGUUUCAAGCGUUAUGGAUUCCGAGCGUCGGCCUGUCACGCAGUUGCGUGCCUUAGCGUUGUGUCUAAUUUUAUUUGUGUUUACAUGGCUGUUUGGUGCUAUAACUGUUGCUAAGCCAUUUACUUUUAUGCCUUAUCAGGAUAUUAUUUUUAGCUACCUUUAUGGGGUGUUUUGUGCAAUCCUUGGAUUAUUUAUGCUGAUUUUCUUCUGCUUAACUCGAAAAGAUUCGCUGUCAAGUUGGAAGCGUUUCUUCCUGUGUGAGCAACACCAUGUUUACAAUGCAAAUCCAGUUAUGGAAGCAUGUGAGCCACAGGCGAAUGGCCAUGUAAAUACUGGGAGUGGCUCUGAAAUAUCAAAAAUAAAUUCUGUUGUUGUGACGAACCAUGUUAAUCAUGUGAAAAAGAGUGACGAUGAAAUGUCUUCAAUUGUUCUAGUCCCAUCGAAACCAACCUCAGAUGUCAAUAGUUCUGCAAAUAAUAGUUUAAAUGAAGCUGCUGCCAGUUUUUAUAAUCCCAAACAAAAUGGUGUGGCAAAAAAGUUUUGGGACAAGAAAAAUAAGCAUAAUUCAAAAUUGCUUACAAAAGAAAUGACUAAAAGUUUGAAUAUUCAUGCAUCGGAGAGUGAAUUUUCUGGCUCUGAGCAGCCAAGAGGACAGAGUCUAGGUUACAGCAGUGAUGGCAACACAAUUAAUAAGCCAAAGAAACUGAACCUCGAUCUACAGAUUCACCGCCCUGCAGGGUGUGAGUCAGACAAUACUAGUGCUAUAUCCCCUGUUCAGCCCCAGUCGCCUCCCAGUUAUACUGCUGCCAUGACAACAAGCACCCCUAGUGCACCCCCGUUUAGUCACAUGGUCAACCUGCAUGGUCAAGAAAACAGAGUCGGUAGUCCUAGUGCUAUGCAGAAUGGGAGUAUUCCUGCUAAUGUUUACCAUGCUCGAAGCAACAGUUCUUCAUCGCUAGGAAAACGAGUACAGGGUAGUGCAUUUGCGGUGGUGCCACCUCGAAACAACACAUUACCCAAGCAGGGUAAGCUUUCAUUGCCUUCAAGUCCAGAGCGAGAGAUGCCAGAUAAUACGGUUUCGGUGCCCAGCUCUGUGGCAAGACUAGGUGACUUUGAUGGAUCAAGUCAGGUCAGUAGUUCGUACAGUCAUGAGCGUGUGAGAUCGCCCCAUCCUGGUGACCCGCAAUACAUGGCUGGAUACACCAGCCCGCCAGACGGGGCUUUCUACAAGCAGUAUGGACCUAUUGAUGAGAGGGCUGUUGGAUCGCCUACCCAGUCACAUAACUCCCAUCGCAACAGAACAAACUCAGGGGGCUAUGGCUCCGAUAACAGCAAUCGUCAAAGGAAACAAAUGGAAAAUAACUUUUUGCAGCAGGUUGAACAAAGAAUACCUCAGGGUAGUGCUAUGAACAGUCCGUAUAGCCCUAAACCAGUGAACGCCAAUCAUCUACAUGUUAAUUCUGCCGGGAACGGCGUUACUAACCACAACCAUGUGACACACAAGCCUCCAAUUUCUCCGGUAUCGGACAGUGAUAAUAACGGUAGUCAUAAGACCUUCCCAGAUUCAGACAGUCAGGUUCACUAUAAUAAUAAGAAGCCUCCGGCUCGAUAUAAUGACUCCGAUCAUAAUUCUGAACCAGCCUCUCAGUCACAAAAAAUGGUUCGGUCACGCGAUACCCAUAAACACUCCAAACAUGGCCUGAAAAAACAGCGAUCUUUGGAUUGGGAUGAACAAUUUAAAGAGCCUAAGAGCCCUAGUCAGUCUGUGCCGUAUGCUUAUGUUAAUCACAAUUAUACAGAACGAGUGCUACAAAAACUCAAUAACAUGGCUGUGACCGAACACAUUGACCCUAAAAGUAAAGCGUUCUGGGUGCCGCGAUCUUCGCGGAGUUAUAAUCAGCUUGUUCAGCAGGAACACGCUCGUAUGUGCGAGGACAGCACAACGUCGAGCUCGGACGAUGAUGACAGUCUGGAUAAUAUUUGGGUGCUAAAGAAAGAGAAAAGGGCAAAAAAGAAUAAAAAGGAAACCAGUGUAUAAACUUUGUGUUUGUGGUAUAACAUUUAUGUAUUAUUUAAUUAAUGCCAAAUAUAUGUAAAUACUACGUAGAUAUGAUUUUUAUAUGAGAAGUAAUAUAGUUUCUAGAUAUUAGCACCAAGUUCAGAUAAAAGUUCAAAACUUGUAAUUGUUCAGUGGAAACUUUUAUGUAUGCAUGUUGCUGUUUUAAUAAUACAAGUUCGUAGAAGACCAUUUUUAAUUUCUAACAUAUACAACACACAUUUUUACACCAUUUUCAUUUGAGAUUUUUACAAUACAUUUGUUUAUGGUAAUUUUCAUUGAUCUACAAAAGUGAACUGUUAACCUUUUACAUGUUAUGUUACAUGUUAUUUUUAAUAACAGUAGUGUUGUGAAUGUUCUUGUUUUGUCUUAAAGUAAGCUUUUACACUUACUCGAUUGCCAUUUCAAUUCUUUAUACACCUUUGCUGAUAUUCAUUCAAGCCGAAUUCAAGUCGAAUUUAUGAAAACAAAUAUCAUGUUGAUGAUACAUGUAUAUAUGAGUUUCUGACUUUCAAAGCCGUCAUUCAGACAUUAAUCACCAUCAUUCAUAUCACACAGAAGGCCAAGAAAAUUUGCUAUUUUGUUUAACAGGCACGUUUGAAAAACAACAACAUUGUACAUGUCAUUACGCACCUUUUAGGACUUUUUUGAUAGUUCUUGUUUUGUUUUUUAAUUUUAAUUAAAAUUUUCUCAUGAAAAAAAAGUUAGAACAAAAAUUAUUUAUUUCAGACGUUAUUAACAAAAAAAUUAUUAACAAUUGGUGAGUUCGUUCUAGUGGUAAAGUGUCUACCUCUAACCCAAGUGGUUUUGAGCAGACUUUUAAUGGACGCCAGUGUUACUUCUAGUUUUAAUCCAGGAAAGAGACACAAUAGCGGUCAAAAACUGUCACUGGCUUUCAUCACAAGCAGUCUUGAAACUAUUAAACUUGACACUGCAGUAUGAAGUUUUGACCUGAAGGCCUUGAUCGGAAAAGUAAGAUAUUCUCACUACAGUCUUCUCUUUACAUUGCAGAUAUAAUACACCGAAUGACAUUAUAGUGGAAAUAUUGUGAUUAAGGCCUUUUGGCUGAAACAUCAAGAGUUAUAAACUUAAUGUUGUGUACAGAAUUAAUCCCUGAUGAAUAAUUACAGAGAUGCAAAAUAUUAGUUUGAAUAAUAUUUUCCUUAAUUGUUUUUGUUUUGCCAUAAAUGUUUCAUAUGGUUGAAUCAAGUUUUUAUAAAUAAAUUUGCACUUUGAAUAUUGGCUUUUAAUGACUGAAGCUGUUUUAUUGAUCUGUGGCCUUUGAUUCUCUCGCUGCUGAAAGUAAACACUCUGUUAUAUUGAAAAUUUAUUCGUUAAGGUUUACAAUCCAUCAUUAGGGUGCAAAGAUGUUUUAGUGCAUUUAAGAUAUUGACAACGAGAUCAAUUAUCAAUUAUAUCUUUAGUAUAUAUUUAUCAAUCAUUAUAUUAUUUUUGGAUGGAUGAAACUUUUGAUUAACACAAUAAUUAUGCUACUGUUACUGCUAUAUGAUUCAAUAUAUUAAAGGGAGGUAAUGAAACUAUAAUAUAUAUUUAUUUUACUAUGAUUAUAUUGCAAUUUUAUUAAUUUGUUUCUUAAAUAGUGUAAUGCCUAUAUAAAAAAGCUCUUGGUGAAAACUGUAAAAAAAUUCAAACCUAAUAUUUUGUAACUUUUUAAAUAAAACUUGACGGUAGCAAUUGUUUUCAGCCAUUAUGCAUCCAUUUUAGGGCAUAGGUAGACCCUUGUAAAGUCAAAAAAACAUUUUUUUGUAUAAAUGAUGGACGGCUUACCUUAACUAUUAAAAUAUAAUUUAAUUUCUUAUUGGUAGGGGCAUUUUUUAUACAUUGAGUGCUUUUUGAAGUAGGAAUUUGAAGAGCAGUUCGGAAAUAUUUUAUAUCAUGCAAAUUGAUGUUUUUUUGUAUUUUGAAGGGACUCUGUCAUAUUGUAAAUUAUCACGCAGUGAAAAUCAAACACAGAAUUAAAGCUGUUUCGAUGGCAACAAAUUUUGUAAAAUAAAAGCUAUUUAGUUAGGCCAUUAGAAAAUAUUUUUUGCUUGGAUUUACAGAAUUCUGUUCAAAUGAAUCAAUUUAAACAAACAAAAAAUACCUUCCAACAUUUCAUCUGUGAGUUAGACCCUUUAACAUUACACUAAUGAAAGUGCAAACUUGCCUAGAAUAUCUUUGGAUUUUACAUGUUAUAAUUAUGAUCUUAUAUUUUUAUGGUAAACUUGCAAAAACUAGCUUGGGCUUUUACGAUGCCAUACGGUAAUUAUGACCUGUUUUUUAUGGUAAACUUGCAAAAACUAGCUUGGGCUUUUGUGAUGUUAUAAAUAUGAUCUUAUAUUUUCAAUAAUUAUAAAGACUUUUUUUAAUAUUAACCAUUUUGAUGACAAAUUUUAUACUCACAAUUGUUCUUAAAAAACUUGAACUUAAACAUUGAAUUUAACAAUUUACUAUGUACUAUGUAUUCACCUUUGAUUAAAUUAAUCUAAAACUGUGUUCCAAAACUAGUGUUUAGCAUUGGAAAUGUGCUUGCUUACUGCUUACUUAAAGAUGUGGUUUAAAAAAAAUUAUUUGAUACUAUUAGGGAAUGAUUUUCAUUUUCACCCUCUCACAAUCUGAGAGAAUUAUUUUAUCUUUAAAUCAAAAUUUAUUAGCCAUGAAAAAUUGUAUUAACCCAUUAUUAUGCUAAGGGCACUUGAGACAUCUGAGACCUAUUCCAAGUUUACAUAUUAAAACUUAAACACAUGAUUCCUUCCUUUUGGCAAUAUUGCUGCUAAUGUUUAAAUUAAGGUAUUGUAUUUGAAUAUAAAUUCAUUGUGUUCAUUUGAAGUGAAAAACAGAAGCUGUUCUUAUAAGCUUAGAUUUUGUUCAUGUUCAUGAAAGUAUUGCACUUUUGAUGAACCUGGGUUAGCAAUAUUAAACAAAACAUUAAGAUAUUUUCGUAUAGAUAUAAAAUAUAAUUUGAUAUGUUUUUAUUAAGUUCUAUUUCCGUUCAUUUGUAUAAAUAUGCAUAUAAAUGUAAUAUAUGUGCAGUAUACAAAUAGAUCUGACUGAUUUUCAUGAAUUUUUAUCAUUUGUACAUUGAUUGUAUAUUUUUGUGUGUGUUUUUUUUUUCAGUUGACAUUUUUUGCCAUAAAAUUGUCAGAUAAAAAGCUGCAUGUGCCAAACCUUUGAAACAAGAACAAUUGUGUACAUUUACGCGUUUUUGCUUUUUUAUCAAUAUUACAAAACCUAUCUCAAAAUAAUGAUUUUAAUAUAAUAUCAUUUUCUGCAUUUUUUAUCAAUUUUUUUUUUUUAUAUCAUAUAGUAAAGUAUCUGUUACUCAUAAGCAAAGUUAACACUCCUGGGGUGAUAUUCAUAAAGUCAUUUCCUUAAACUUAAUCUCUUUAGUCAUAUGAAAUAAAAAAAUUAAAGAAUUUCAAAAAUGCAUUAUUUUCAUUGACCUUAUCGAAAAAAUACUUUAAUGUUAAAAACACUUUAAUUCUUUUAAUUUGACUAUAUUUUUUUUUUAAAUUGACUCAAGUUAGGUAAUCACUUAAGGUGCUUUAUGAAUAUAGCCUUCAAUUCAUAAAUAUGGUCUUGUAUGGAAUUAUUUGGGCAUAUUAUUGUUCAGCCACCAGUAUAUAAUUAUUAAAUCAAUAGUUGGUUUGAUGUAAAUAUUUUUUUCAGCAGUAAUAUAAAUGUAGAAAUUCUGUUCUGUGACCGUUUAUUGUAAUGCCAGAAUCCGCAUUAUGUUGCAUUAGUCGAAAGAUUGUACAGAAAUGUAUUGGUAGUGCAACAUUUUAUAUUAAAAUACAAACUGAUA